GUUCGGAACGUUUCUAUUUGUGUGAGUGGUGGUUGAAUCGGUCUCCAGUGGAUCCUUCUCCACAGAACGGCAGUGAAACAAAACAGCCAGCUAAACCCGACGUUUUUCAACCUCAGAUGCCCUCCGGACCGUGGUGCUGGUGGUUGUAGUGGUAGCGCCCGUAAAUCGUUCAAUGUUGGGUCGGGUCCACGACGAUCGAGUGCUGCCCUUUUUUACGUGCCCGGCUGACAUUCUGCUGAACCCUUCGGAACAUGGCGGCUAUCGAUUGUUUGCCGGUGACGGAAGACGGAGAUGCGGUUUAGAGGAGUUUCGUUUGCGCCCGUAAUCUUUGUUUUAUGCGCUUGUUUUGUGAGUUUUUCGCGAGCGAUCUUGCACGGUGCUGGUGUUGGGUGUUUUUCUGCUGUUUUGUUCUAUACUGUCAGUGUUCGCAUGUCAUUUCAAGCGUGACGAGAAAGCUAAUUGUAUGUUGUGUGUGACGUGUUUGUCGCGGAUGAAAGCCAGUUCCGUGAUAUAGCUAGUGAAGCGUUCUACAUUCGGUGGCGCUCGUAAGCAUCCAGCAGCAAAGUACGCUGUCCUCACGGUGCGUGGUGUGCGUUGAGGCAAAACUCGAUCCAUCCUUUGUGUUUCAACUGUGUUUAAACAAGUGUUCCGUGCAGUCCGACCAUUUUACGAAUCCAUCUCGCUAGAACGUAAACCCCAAAAGGAGUGAAAAAUAAAUCUCAUCUCCUGGAAAUCAACGCGUGGUGUACUAUCGAGCCCAUAGCGAAAAAGUUCCGGCAUCGGAGUUCCGAUAUGCUAGACUAGGCUAUUUCCCGACAACAGCGAAUGGUGCACGUGCAUCGUAAGGAGAACUUAUCGCAAACCCUCUAGGGUCAUCGUUGUUGUAGACUAGGGGGGACCACAAUUUCCCAUCAGCCUUCUACCCUCUACGCUCAAGUUCCAAAAAUGGUCGACUAUUGCAACACCCGGCCAACCUCGUCGACGUUGGCAGCGGGCGCCCCAGCCCUGCCCAGCUUUCGCUCCGCAAAGGCACGCAAUCAUCGGGAAAAAUCGACGCACCAUCACCACAAGUCGCUGGGCGAGGGCGGAGACGCGGGCCAGCAGGCACGGAUGCGAACGGUACGGCUGGUACGCCCACCGAGUCACGGCCACCGGAACCCACCGAACGGUACGAACUUUGGCUUUUCCAUCCGGGGCGGGCUGGAGUACGGGACCGGCUUCUUCAUUUCCGCUAUCGAGCGCGAUUCGGAAGCGGAUCGGCAGGGAUUAAAGGUGGGCGAUCAAAUUAUUCGGGUCAAUGGAUACCAGGUGGAGGACGCGGUACAUCGCGAGCUGGCCCAGUUUAUCGCCAACCAGGAGCGCUUGAUCAUGAAAGUGAGAGGCCUUGGCAUCGUUCCGAUAAAGGAACGUACCGCAGACCCACUGACCUGGCAUGUGGUGUCUUUCGGGGCGACGCGGGACAAAAAGGACACCCUGCUGCUGUUGGAGGACAGCGUAGGCUGUGGUCGCGACCUCAAGGUGAUCCUCUCGGUGGCACCACGCACCAAGCUGGGCUGCGGGAUCUGCAAGGGUCCGGACUGGAAGCCGGGUAUCUUCGUGCAGUUCACCAAGGAGGGUGGGGUGGCACGGGAGGCUGGGCUGAGGCCGGGUGAUCAGAUUCUCUCCUGCAAUGGCCACAGCUUCGCCGAGGUGUCGUUCGGCGAGGCGGUAGGGAUCAUGAAGUCAUCGCACGUGCUCGAGCUGGUGGUGCGACCGAGCGCCGGGUUGGACCUCUUUCCCGGCGAGUCCAGCGGGUACAACAGCUCGGCCAGCAGUGUCAAUGGCGACCAGAGCCCUUGCUGGGGUGAUCAAACGUCGAAGCGGCUGAGCAUCGUACGGGAGGAGUCGAUUUCGCACGAACGUCGUCGUACGGCGGCCGCUUCCAUGGGUGAGCUAAACCGAGCAGCGGGUGAAAAGACAUCCUCCGCCCCACCACCAGCGCCACCACCACAACCCCAGCAGCAGCAGAAGGAGCCACCGACUCCCCAACAGCAACCGAAAGCCGGCGGGUCAACGACGUUGGGUCAGCAUCGCAAGAAGAACACCACAAUCAUCGAAUUCUCGGAGCGCGGCACCAUCGUGAACCCCGAAGCGAAACAGAGUGAAACGAAAACGAUCAUUGUCGAGGUGCAUCGGAGCGCGUCCACCGGCUCGGUCGGUGCUGUUGCAACCGGCGGCAACGCUGCAGGUGCACCGCCAGUCGCAGACGGUCUGAACGGCUCGAUCAUUCCUCCACCGCCACCCCUCUUUGCGGACAGUUUUCUACCCGUCGCUUCACCGGGUGGUCCCGGCGGUGCGGACGUUCCAUCUUCCCCGGCAACGAUGACCCCACCCCAGCCGUCUUCGGAGCCAACGUCGAUUGGCUCGUCCAUUUCCGCGGCAAACAGCUUGAGCAGUGCGAUAUCGGACGAGUUGCGCCGACGGGCGCAAAAGAAAAACGCCCCCCAGGGAGCGGACAUCGGUCUCGCAUCGGCAGCCACUGGGCCGGCCGCCGCCCUGACGGAGCUGGAGAACCGACUGAAGGAGAAGGGCACCAGACUGCGACCAGUAACGAUGGCCAUCUCGGACGAGCGUCACACGGCACUGAUGGACGAGUUCCGGGCGGUGCACAAGCGUAUGUUCAAGAACGGUUUCGAUAAUGCCGAGCUGAAGAAACAACCAUCGAAAGCCACCAACAGUGAGCAGUCGAACGUCCAGCCGGUCGCGGAUGGCAUGACGAGAAAGUCACCGAAGGGGACGAUGGGUCGCGUGGCGGCCUCGGAAAUGGCCAAAGCGAGCGGUGACAGUGCCGAGCUGGAGUCGAUCGAAUCGUUCAAACUCACCAACCCGCAGCCACCGCCGGCACGGCCCCCGUCCUACUACUUCUGUCCGCAGGCGACGGGCCCACCGACGAUGAAGAAGUCGCAGAAACCGAUCGCUGUCACGAUCAGCGAGUACGCCCACAGUGCGGCGCGCUUGGACGAAACCAAAAAGGGGACCCGCUUCGACUUCGCCCAGCUCCGCUCGGUUACGGAAGCGAUCGUUGGUGGUGGUGGUGGUGGUUCGGUUCCAGUCAAGGAUUUCCCAUCCGCACGACAGGUUCGUCCGUGAGGCGUGCUGGGAUAGUUGUACGCGAAUUGACCGUGCAAAGUAAAUGGCGACCAAAAAUAGAAAAAAAACGAUCCGACCGUAACCUUAGGUAUAAGUUGCAGAACAUCACCAUCAGUUAAUCGUAGUCGCUCAGUCAAUAACGAAGCAUGUGUUUAUCUAUAUUUCCGGUUAUGCUUCACAAUGUUUGUGGUGAUAUAUUUGUUUUUUUCCCUUAUAAACUAUGCUAAUGUAGGGCAAAGCUGCUAGAAUGUGUUAACCUAAGUUAACGCAAUCGAUGGAAGAUAAUUGUGAUUGUAAAAACUACAUCUUAUUGAAGAGUAUAAUAAUAUAUACUAGCAUGGUACUAGAUCGUAUAAGAAAAAAGAAA